GUAAGGGAGUUUACAUAUUUUUUUAAGUGGGGUCUCUUUUCUCCCAUCCAUUUUCCGGAAGAACUCCACAAAAUAUCGAGCUCUCCCUGCAAGACUGCAAGUCUUCGAUCGAGGCUACGAUUUUAAUUCCGUAAACUAAAAAGAACAAAAUAAAAAAAAAAAAUCGGGAGACUUGGAUGAAGUUCUAAGCUGAGGCUACAACAACAAACAAGAUCGUUUCUUUCCCAACAUAGAAGGAAAAAGAAAAAGAAAAUAAUUGGUAUUUAUCCAGUAACAACAACAAAUCCCAGAUUCCAUGUCGCCGAAGCUUCUAGAUUCACGGCACUCCAUAGAUUCCUGCGCCUUCCAGCUCCACUCAUGGAGGCCCUUCCAACAACAUUCUACUCCUCCGACCAAAACCCUAGACGCCGCCAACAAUCCUCGGCACUACCGCUCCAAUGGCGGAGCCCACGCGAUCACGAAGCGCCCCUGCCUCUCGGACCGCGCCACGUCCUUCCCGAUCGACGCAAUCGAUAUGUCGCGGCUCAGCCUCGUCGACGACGACACGGCCAGGCCCCACCACCACCAGUACAGGGGGAGCCUCCGGCUGCUCGCGAGGAAGCGCCGCCGGCGGGGCUCCAGGUCGGUGUCCGGUCGGAGCAGCGAUCGCAGCGGCACGCGGCGGUGCUGCUCCGUCGGGGCGUCGGCGGCGUACGGCACAUGCUCAGAUUUCCCGGUGGCGGUGGGAACGGACUCGAGCGGGGAGCUGUUCUUGAACACCGGCGACGCCAAUUGGUCGUCGGACGUGAGCGAGGCGCGGAAUUCGAGGAGGGAGAGGGACGGAGCAGGUGGAGGGAGUGGCGAGAAGGAGAGUUUCGGUGGUGUGAUAGGGGGUUUUGACUCGCAAGGGGCUGAGUCGGGGUAUGGGAGUGAACCGGGUUAUCGCGGCGACGCGGAGUUCGGGUACGGCGAUGAGCACGACGAGGAAGAAGACGAUGCUCGCUUGUUGUUUUGGGGCAACAGAUUUGAAGACACCGAUUCGAUGACGGAGAUCGUGGGGGAGAACACAUUCUCAGAUCAAAAAGUCCAUCACAGAUGCCGGCGAAAGAAACACGAUUGUAGAAUGGUCGACUCGGUGAGGUAAAAGAUUUGUUGAAGGAUAUAAAACUUCUCUUUACUUUAUAUCCACACAAUUGAGAAGCUUUUCUUUGCCUCCUACAAUUAAUUGCCUCUGGUGCUUCACAAGAUACCGCAACACGUUUUCAAGUUUUAAGUUGUUGUAUGUACAGCGAGUUUUGUUUUGUUUUUUGUUUUUUUUGUUUUUAAAUUGUUUUUACCCGUACUUUUUGAGAGAGGAAGAAGUCAAUGCUUAGACGUUAUUUAUAUCCGCAGUGGGGCUCGUUGGAUAACUAAUAUCCCCGGUCUAUGAUGUAUCAAUGGAAA